AUGGCGAUGAUGAAGAAAUCGUUCCCAUACUUGCUUAUGGUGGGAUUGCAGUGUGGAGCGGCGGGAAUGUAUAUCAUAAGUGAUGUCACAUUGAAGCAAGGAAUGAGCCGUUACGUUCUGAUUGUGUAUAGAAACGCGAUAGCCGCCAUCGUUCUUGCUCCUUUCGCUUUUUUUCUUGAAAGGAAAAUUAGACCAAAGAUGACACUUCCGGUCUUCUUUCAGAUAACAUUGCUGGCCAUUCUAGAGCCAAUUCUUGAUCAAAACUUAGCCUACCUUGGCCUGAAUCUGACGUCGGCAUCGUUCACUUCGGCCAUAAUGAACGCCGUACCCGCCGUCACCUUCACCAUAGCUGUUAUUUUGAGAAUAGAGAAAGUAAAAGUAAAGGAAAGGAGAAGCCAGGCCAAAGUGAUAGGAACAUUAGUGACAUUUGGUGGAGCCAUGGUUAUGACCAUGUACAAAGGUCCAAUUAUCAGCCUCUUUUGGUCUCCAAAAUCAAGCCAUUUCAUCCAAGCCGUCGAACCCACAACCAAACAUUGGCUCGCCGGCACCAUCUGCCUCCUCAUAGGCUGCAUCGCUUGGUCUUGCUUCUUCAUCUUGCAGUCCAUAACCAUAAAGAGGUACCCAGCAGAGCUUUCUCUUGCCUUCUCCAUAUGCUUCAUGGGAGCCAUCUUAAGUGCGGCUAUGACCCUUGUGGCUGAACGCAAUUCUUCGGUUUGGUCCAUUGGUUUCAACUCAAGGCUCCUAGCUCCCAUUUACACGGGUGUAAUUAGCUCGGGGAUCACUUAUUACGUGCAAGGGCUGGUGAUGAAGACCAGAGGCCCGGUUUUCGUCACAGCCUUCAAUCCUCUUUGCAUGAUCAUUGUUGCUGCUUUGGGUUCUCUCAUAUUAGCCGAGAAACUUCAUCUGGGAAGUAUAAUUGGAGCUGUGAUCAUAGCUACGGGUCUAUACGCAGUCGUAUGGGGGAAAGCAAAAGACGAGCUUCCGAAGAACACUAAUAAUCUCCAAGAACUUCCAACGACUACCAUGGAUGACAAUAAGCUAGCUACCUGUUCUCAAUGUCCAUGACUUUAUGCAUUUCUA